AUGUCGGAACGUAUAGAACUGCUGCUGAGGAUGUUUGCCGUCGGUGAGGAGCCUGUUGGGAUUAGGGUAACUUUAUAUGGACCUUCUAAUGGAAUUAGGUCUAUUAUGAAUGCUUUAGAAGAAGAUGAAAGAGAUUUGAUUUGGGAAUUAAUCGACAUUCGGCAAGUUCAUUUCCACCGCGGAACAACCUUCCUACUCAGGGAGAUUUGGCCGAUUCAUAAUGUCCCGACAGCUUAA